AUGUCUCUUUAUCCGUCUUUGGAGGAUAUGAAAGUUGAUACAAUGGUGCGGGCACAAAUGAGUCAUCAUCAGGCUCCACCCUCGUUCAAUGCACAUCGUGCACCGAGUGGUCCAAAUGCGCUGGCUCAGGUUUACCCUGCACUGGGGGAGUACAUGGGGCUAGAACUCUCCUCUGAUGUUAUUGCCCUGAAUAUGCCUGAAUAUCAGAUGCAAGUAGCUCCUGCAGGUGGUGGUAUCAGCAAUGUCAUAGCACCUAUCUCCUCUCAGUCACCUUCACUUAUAAAAGCAACAGUUACGGGAGCAAUAAGACAAGUUGUUUUAUGCAAAGACAGAGAAGGGGAGUGUGGUCUAAGACUUCACUCGGUGAACAAUGGAGUGUUUGUAUGUUAUGUUGCUGCAGGCAGUCCAGCUGCUCUGGCUGGAUUGAGGUUUGGAGAUCAAGUGCUUGAGAUAAACAAUGUGCCAUUAGCUGGUUUGUCAAUGGAUCAAUGCCAUGUGAUAUUGAAGAAAUCUCCAAACAAUGGCAUAGUAAUGGCUGUUCGUGAUAGACCAUUCGAGCGCACAAUCACUCUUCAUAAGGAUUCUCUUGGACAUGUCGGAUUCCACUUUAAAGAUGGAAAGAUUGUUGGGCUAGUGAAGGAUUCGUCUGCUGCACGCAAUGGAGUUUUGACUGACCACCAGAUUCUAGAAAUAAACACUAUUAAUGUUGUCGGCAUGAAAGAUAAGGAAAUAUCAAGAGUUAUUGAUGACAGUCCCUCUGUUGUUAAUAUAACUAAAAGAACUAAAAGUCAAGCAGCAAGAAGAAAUAAAAUAGCUUUCAUACGGUAUGACAAGUUAAUAGUGAAAGACAAAAAUCCAGCCACCAAAGAAAAUGAAAAGAGGAAGAGAACACCAACAGACUCGCCCAAUCAGCAAGAUAACACUAAACGAGGCGAGACAAGAACAAAAAUCAAUUAAACAAACCCAUUAGGAUUUACAACGCGACCAAGCACUAAUUCAACUCCAAACCUUAACAACCAAUGACAUUCUGCACACAUCAAUAACCGGAAGCGCCCCCCAAGCCGGAUAGCGGUCUCCGUGGGGGAAAAUGACCGCAACCCUCCAGCACAACAAUAUCGAGAACAAUAUCUGGAACAGCACCCUAAAACAAGACAACUCUCUGCAAAACAAAACUUAAACGAUAGACAAACCCCUAAACGAAAUGUCAACCUACACAUAGCAACACUAAAUGUAUUAACCC